AUGCGAAAUUACUAUGAAACGUGCCUAAACAGUGCUAAUGAUGCCAUUGAAAUCGUGUACUGUGAUUUGAUUGAUGAAAUUGUGGAAGCAACCAGCACUGAUGGAAUGGAUAAAAAGACCCUAGAAAGAAUUGUCUCAAAGAAAACAUCCAACCUGAUUCUGAGCAAUUUGUACUCAUUUGAGAACAAGAAUGAGUACAUUUUCAGGAAGAAGAGGGAACUUGUCAUAAAAGAGGAGACAUUGUUCGUCUAUUUGCUACUCAAAAACAUCAAAGAGUACUCUAAGGCAGAUAAGGAGCAGUUUAUGACUGAAUUGGAGCAGAGGACUGAGAAAGAGGAAAUCAGGGAAAUAUUGGAGAAAAUCAGGAAGAAUUACAGUAGAGGAGGUAGAAAGGAAAUUGAAAUUGACGUGUUACUAUAA